AUGUGUUCUUCGUACACACCUCUCGUGACAUCCGCAUGCUACUCAGUUGGUCUGCUCUACCUAUUUCAUCUGUUGGGUAUUCUCACAUUUUGGUAUGGAAUCACGAAAGAACUAUCUUCAUGGAUUGUGCCGAAAAUCGUGCUCAAAACUACUACUGUUCUUGCAUGCAUUAUCAUCACGUGUGUGCUUACCUAUUUCAUCACAAACAACCCAGCUUAUAUAGGAAAUGUUAUUGCUAGAGGCCUCAAUGCGGACUAUCUCGAUCAUAAAAGUGCGAUUGACAUCGGAACCAUUAUCGUCGUUACUGUAUGUGCUGCAGUAGCUAUGGGUCAAACGUGGCUUUUGGCACUACUAAUUGGUUGUUAUAAAGAUACGAGAAAAAAAGAGCUACAAAGAUUACUCGAAGAAGCUAUGAGAAGGGAGAAAGCUAAAUUUGGAAAGCGACCAGAUGGAGAACUGCGAGGAUUGUGUACUACCUCCAUAUGA